AUGGCGUCCACCGCUCGUCUGAUGCGGUCUUGGUCCAAUCGGUCGCUCCAGAAAUGCCUCGAUGGUUUAUCAACUUUGGACGCAGAUGUGGCAGACCGGGAUCCAGGAAGUUGGAGUGAUUCCUACAUGAACGAUCUGAAAAGACUUUACGAGGAACAAAUCGCCUGUGAUGUCAUCUUGCGCCUCCCUGGUAGUGCAGCUUCAUGCGGCGUUGGCGCCCAUCGCUGCAUAUUGGAAGCGCGACGAUUUGAGCCACUCUUGAAUUCUACUACCAAGAUUGUCAAGAAGAAGGAACAAGCCCCUGAUGAAGUCAUGCUGAGUAGUGGCACGUUUCGAGAAGGCGACGAAGAGAAACUGCGUGAGGAAGUUGCCGCUUGCUACGGUAUUUCUUCUGGCCUCAGGGACAUGGGAGUGGUGGUGAACGACCUGGCUCAACUGGAUAGGCGCUGGAAACCAUACAUCUCCUCCAAUCCCAGUGGCGGCCAGUGCGCCACGGCGCCACAACCGAGAAGAAUUGAUCCGUUGUUGAGAGCUAUGGUGAUAGAGCUUUUCCAACAGAAAAAGUACUGGCGCUUGUCAGAGUUAGCCACCGAAGCCUAUACGAGAGGUGUGUUGGCGGAUGUUUGUCACGCGGGACGCGUACGAGACGUAUUGCGCGAAGUUGCUCUCUAUCAUAAGACAGGAUCCCACAAGAGGAUGUGGGAAUUGAAUAAGACGCUUUUUGACCAAAAGCCACCAGCCAAGCCACCAGCCAAGCCACUAGCCAAGCCCCUUGCCGUUCCAGGCGCGGCUAAACCUGAGAAUGUCCCCGUCGCCCCGGGUGUUGGUGGCCCGCAGCAAUUAUUGAUGGCUCCUGAUGUCAAAAUCCUUGCCAGUCAUGGGGCCAGCCCACAAGCUGAAGUUGAGUGGUCCCUGGAAGCCCACAAAUCCCUCCUUUGUGCCCACUCGGAAUAUUUUCGAUCCUUGCUGACGCAUGAUGGGUGGUCUUUUGAUACAGAUUUGGUGGAUAAAGCCUCCACUUCUGACAACAAGGCCGAGCAGGCAAAGGUUGAGCGCAUUAUUCUCCGUCUUGACUCGUCUCAUUUCACCGAAGAAACAAUGCGAUCGUUGUUGUCUUACUGCUAUGGGCGGAGUCUGCAUGGAACAGUCCCUGGUGGCAAAGCUGAAAUUUGA